AUGGAGUCCAGCCGUCUCCUGGACCCCGUAGAUGCGUUUUUCAAACCAUCAGCAUCUGGCAGGAGGAGACGAGAUGCGCGCAGUACUAGCAGAAGAUCGAAGAGUCACUACAAGAAGUUGCUGUGGUUCAAGCAACCAUUUCCUGACAAUUAUACGGAUGAGAAGACGUUCCUAGAUCAUUUACAACGCAAUCCGCGUUUACAGCCGUAUGAGUUCUGGUCGCUCAUGGGCGACACCACCAUCAUCGUGCAGCACCUCGCAUCAGUCGCCAUCUUCUGCUGUUGCUUCGUCGCCAUCAUCCAAGGAAACGUAUCUCCAUUGUCAGUUGUAGGGUGGGCGACUGGGUGCACCGUACUAGCUUGGGUGUUGUGGGACCACUGGCAGGGCCAAGAGCUAGAAGCAAACGACAAUACAGCUGCGAAAGGGCCAGACGCAGGCGAAGCAAAUGACUCGCAAUCGGACUCAAUCUUUGCUCCGACCUCGCGGUAUCAACAACGAGUAUCCACCAUAAAGUCGGCUGUCCUGAUCUACGCUGCUCUGCUAGGACUAAGCCCCAUACUCAAAUCUUUGACCAAGUCGACAACGAGCGACUCGAUCUGGGCUAUCAGCACAUGGCUUCUCAUGAUGAAUGUGGCUUUCUUCGACUAUAGCAGUGGGCCAGGAGCUCAGUAA